CAUUUUGACGUGACAACUAAUAGAGUAAAUAUUGUUUUGUAUUUUAAUUAAAAAUGCCUUUAAUCAUAAUAUGUGGUACACCAGUUAGUGGUAAAACGAGUCGGGCAAAUGAAGUAAAAGAAUUCUUUGAAAAAACACACCAGAAACAAGUCGAUAUUGUCUCAGAAGAUGAGGCUAUUUUGAAGUUAGGUUAUGAUAAAAAUUCUAAUUAUUUAGAUUUCCAAAAAGAAAAAAGAGUCCGGGGAUAUUUAAAGUCUGAAGUAAUACGACUUAUUAAUAAAGAUAACGUUGUAGUAUUAGACGGAAGCAAUUAUAUUAAAGGUUACCGCUAUGAAUUAUACUGCGCAUCAAAAGCAUCCAAGUCGACUCAAUGUACUAUUUACACAAUCCGUAACCACCAAGAAGCGUGGGAGGACAAUGUUAAAAGAAUCAAUAAAAAAGAAAAUGAAGAAAAUAUAAAUAGUACAAUAGAUCAUUCAGAUAAAAGUAUUUGCAAUAAGCCUUAUACGGAAGAAGUUUUCAAUGCACUUACAAAAUUAAGAUUUGAAGAACCUGUUUCCAGUAAUAGAUGGGAUAGUCCACUUUUCAUUGUACAACCAACGGAUAAAUUGGAUUUGGAGGGUAUUUAUAAAGUUCUGUUUGAAAAGAAACCUCCUCCGCCAAACAUGAGUACACAAAAUGCUCCCCUGAGUUCUACAAAUUUUCUUUAUGAACUCGACAAAGUGACUCAAGCUAUUUCAAAACAUAUCCUAGAAUCAAAACAACUGAAUCUAGACAAAGUGAAAUUCCCAGACUAUCCGGAAUGUGAACUUGAAGUCAGUGUCAUGAACACAAUCAAUCCACAACAGCUCCUGCGACUACGAAGGCAGUUCCUGACUUAUGCUAAAAUGAACCAUUCAAAUGAAAAUACUAAUAAAAUUGGAAGAUAUUUUAUACAAUAUUUAAAUAAAACACUAACAGAUUGAUUUUUA